AUGAAAACGAUAAUUCUUUGGGGGCUUCUAGGAGCCACAAUGUCAGCUCCGCUUAUCCCACAGCGAAUUUUGUCUGCAAGCAACAGCAAUGAGUUACUUCUGAAUCUUAAUAAUGCUCAACUUCAGCCACUACAGCUUCAGGGCCCGUUUAACUCAUGGAUUCCUCCUUUCUCUGGGAUUCUACAACAGCAAGCUCAAAUUCCAGGGCUCGCCCCAUUCUCUUUAUCAAGUCUAGACCAGUUUGCUAGACUGUUCCCAAAUCAGAUAAGUUUCCCAGGACAGGUCAGUUUUCCUCAGGAAAACCAAGUGAGACAACUGGACCCCUCACAGCCUCAAACACUAGUGCAGACCCAACAAGGCCCUAAUUAUGAGAUGCCUUAUAUGUUCUCCUUUAAAAUGCCUCAAGAGCAAGCACAGAUGCUUCAGUUCUAUCCCGUUUACAUGCUCCUUCCCUGGGAACAACCUCAGCAAACAGUCACACAGUCACCUCCACAAACAGGACAGCAGAAAUUUGAGGAGCAGAUGCCAACGUACACUGAAUUUGGAAAUAUUCCACAACAAGCAGAACCUUUUAUACCAGGAGGACAGCAGCAACUAGCCUUUGACACCUUCCUAGGCACAGCUCCUGAGACUGUUGUGAUGCCUGCAGGAGGAGUGAUACCAUAUUUACAAAAAGAAGUGAUAAAUUUUCGGCAUACCAGUGGAGGAAUUUUCACUCCUUCGACUUCACAAAAACCCAGCACAACAAAUGUUUUUGUUUCUGCUAUAGACCCAACUAACACCCCAGAGCUCAUGGAAGAGAAGGCCAAGACUGGUAGCCUUAAAGAACCAUAA